GCGCGUCCGCCAUGCGCCACGGGUUGUGCGUCCCCCCGGGGCCCUCGCAAGCCGUCGCCGUCCGCAGUCGCCCGCUCCGGGCCGUGCUGGGCGCGCUGUGCCUGCUGCCCGCGCUCGCAGUGCUGUCGUGGCAGGGGGCACCGGGCGGGCACGCUGCGCAGAGCGACAUCCAGGGCUGGGACUCCGUGGUCUCGAACGGCCCGGUCCCCAGCCCGCUGUCCCCACUGGCGCCCCGAAAACGCCGUUACACGCUGACCCCCGGCAGGCUGCGCUGGGACCACUUCAACCUCACCUACAGGAUCCUCUCCUUCCCCCGGAACCUGCUGAGCCCCCGCGAGACGCGGCGGGGCCUGGCUGCCGCCUUCCGCAUGUGGAGCGACGUGUCCCCUUUCAGCUUCCGCGAAGUGGACCCCGAGCAGCCCAGUGACCUCCGGAUAGGCUUCUACCCCGACAACCACACGGACUGCCUGGUCUCUGCCCUGCACCACUGCUUUGAUGGCCCCACCGGCGAGCUGGCCCACGCCUUCUUCCCGCCCCAUGGCGGCAUCCACUUUGAUGACAGCGAGUACUGGGUGCUGGGCCCCACGCGCUACAGCUGGAAGAAAGGAGUGUGGCUCACAGACCUGGUGCACGUGGCGGCCCAUGAGAUCGGCCACGCGCUGGGGCUGAUGCACUCGCAGCACGGCCAGGCACUCAUGCACCUCAACGCCACACUGCGUGGCUGGAAGGCGCUGUCGCAGGACGAGCUGUGGGGGCUGCACCGGCUCUACGGCUGCCUGGAUAGGCUGUUCGUGUGCGCAUCCUGGGCCCGCAGGGGCUCUGCCCCAGCAGCUGUGACUUCUGCUACGGACCAAAACCAGGCUGGUGUCGGAGGGCAGGAAUGUGACCUUGCGCUGUGGACAGAAGAUCCUUCACAAGAAAGGCAAAGUGUACUGGUACAAGGACCAGGAGCCCCUGGAGUUCUCCUACCCCGGCUACCUGGCCCUGGGCAAAGCACGCCUGAGCAUCAUUGCCAACGCUGUCAACGAGGGCACCUACACGUGUGUGGUGCGCCGGCACCAGCGUGUGCUCACCACUUACUCCUGGCGCGUGCAUGUGAGGAGCUGAGCCUGCUGGGGCCAGGCCGGGCUGGGUCGAGCCCGGCAGAUAAAGCACUUUCUCCUACGUCUCCGUACUCAUUUUUGCAUGGGUAGGUGCAGGCUGGGCCCUGAGCAAGUGGGAAGUGGCCUGCACUGGACGUGGGGGACCCCGGGCCAUAGCACCCCUCCUCCCACUGCCAUGGUGGGAUCAAAAGAUGCCCAGGUGCCAGCAGCCUCACUGGGGGCGAGCCACGUGCAGCCCGGUGUGAAAGUGGCCACCAGGGAGUGGGAAUGACCCAGGCCAGGCCGGGGCCAGCAGGGCAGAAGGGCCAGGAGGGGCAAGGGCCCGCCCGGCCAGGUGGGCAGAGACCCAGCCCCGGCCUGGUCCCCAAGCCCGGGGAAGCCCCGGAAAGGACAGGACACAGCAGGGCUUCCUCCAAGAAUAGUUUACUACAUCUGAAAACACGUAACAAGCGCACGUAUAAAAACCCACCGUGGCCAGCGCUGUGCGCAGCCAGGCCUGGCCGUGGACGGGGGGCCUGGGCGUCGCGAGGAGCACCUGGCCGGCAAGCAGACUUGGGCUCAGACCCCACAGCUGGCAGCAGAGGACCCCAGCCUGCGGCAGCCCCGGGCCUAGCACGGAGAUGCCUGCCCAAGCCUUCCUCACAGGGCGGGCCAGGAGCAUCUGACAACACAGCCCCUCCUUCCAUGAGGAAAACGUGGUUUAAUUCUACGAAUUUACAAACCAAAGUAAUAUACAAAACAGAAGGUGGAAA